CCGAGAUUUUUAGGAUUCCAGGAGUGUAAACCGCCUUUGUGACUACCCAACAGCCAUGGAGUUGACCUCAGUUGCUGAUCCAGUUGGGGAGAACAAGGCCGAGAACAUGGUCGUUGAAGCGAAGAUCCCUGGGGAGCUAGGUCUCGAGAAAGAGCAGCCAAGCCCUGAAGAGGAGCGUGAGCCCGGUACCAUCAUCCUUCUUUGGCUUUGUUGUGUGAGUGCUUUGGAGGGCAUGGAUACCCAAUUGGUCCCUGCUUGUCAGUUCGCAUUGCAAAGAGAUUUGGGCUUGCAAUUGGGCCACUUUGCAGUCCUCACCACAGUGCAGAUGGUUCUGACCAACUUGGCGGCCCCAUUCUGGGGAAUCCUGGCUGAUCGUGGCACCUUGCAGAAGAAGACCAUUUUGAUGCUGGGAGCCAUUGGAGAGGGCCUGGCAGUCACGGUGUUUGCCUUUGUCCCCAACUUCUGGGUCAUGAUGUUCUUGCGGGGCAUGAGUGGCUUCUUCCUUGCAUCCCUACGACCCGUUUGUAAUGGCCUGAUUGCCGAUCUCACCAGCGACAACAAACGUGGCAAGGUCUUUGGUCGGGUGCAAAGUGCUUUGCUCAUUGGCAUGUUUUGCUCAUUGCUCAUUGCUGGAAAUGUGGCAAACAAAUUCGUGGGGGAUAUCCCUGGAUGGCGCUUUCUCUUUGGUGGUGCCGGCUUGGUUGCCUUUAUUGUGGCAGCAGGGUUGGCCGGUUUCCUAGCGGAACCUCACCAUGAGUUGGAUGCAUCCGCGAAAGCCAAAGGCUGUGCAGCCGUCCGCACAGAGUUGUGUACCGUCUUGGGCUUCUUGCGCAUCCCCACCUUCUGUGUGAUGAUCAUGCAAGGAGUUUUUGGCACAAUCCCUUGGAGUGUCAUGGGCAACAAUCUUCUGUUCUUCAAGUUCUGUGGUUUGGAAGAUUGGCAGGCCAGCAUCUUGGCCGCUGAGGGAACUGUGGCUGGGGUCUUCGGCAACAGCAUUGGUGGCAUGAUCGCAGACUGCCUGGCCAGACGUUUCGGAUAUCACGGAAGGCCUCUCAGUGCUCAAAUCACCGUGGCCAUUGGACUCCCUAUGGUCUUUCUGCAGUUCUAUGGCAUCCCGCCAGGUGAGGGCACUUUUGGUGCCUACUUUGCUCUCAUUGCAGCAUUUGGCUUGUUAGGCUCAUGGGCACAGUCUGGCACCAACUUCCCCAUUCUCUCAGACAUUGUGCCUGCCAGCGACCGAAGCAAGGUCAUGGCAUGGGAAUGUGCCAUGGAAAAUUCCUUGGCAAAUGCCAUUGGUCCAUCUCUGGUUUCCACCUUGGCCUUUGCUUUCGGCUACAAAUUUGGGGCUGAAGAGAUGUCCGGAAAGUCUCUCUCUUCCGCCAGGGCACUUGGACAGGCAAUGGCUGCAACUAUUUGCAUUCCUUGGAUGAUUACCCUAGCGGCCUACACCCUUCUACAUUGGAGCUAUCCUCGUGACAUGCGACGGCUGCGUGCCAAGCAGGCAGCCAAGGACGAGGAGGAGCGCGUCUGAGCGGAGGCGCCGUAGGACGUGAAGGCCAUAAGUGUAGGCCUUCAUGCGCCAGGAUGUGGGUAUGUCUCAAACCAGGGAUCUCC